UCCGCUAAUGGGUUGUUAUUCUCGAUUCAUGGCAUAAUAUGAGUUUGGGAACAUUGAUAUGAGUGUGUGGGGGGUUUGAGAGUAAAAUUAGCACCGCUGAAGGAAACUGACACUACAGUGGCUUGAAUCCUGCUGUCCCUCUUGGUCAUGGCCGUGUUUGCCGCGUGUCAUAUUUCAGGGGACACCGCCGCUGUUGCAGUUUCACGCAAGCUUUACUGUUCAGGACAUGGUUAACAUUGUGCCACAGUUCACAUGUUGACAGGGGAAAUCACAUAUACAGGAAAAUUUUUCCUAACUCGAGGUUAAGGAAACGGGGACACCUGUGACUCUUUUCCAAGUACGCAACCUUGAGCUCAAGAAUAUUUGUAAUCUAUUUAGAGCAGGCGCUGAGUAAGGCGAACCACUGCGAGCAACGAGACAUGAUCCCAACACGAAGCUGCACUCUCCAAGACUGGCUUUUAUUUUAAAUAACGCCACCAUUUCUUGAUUAUCACCGAAAUGGACCGUGCUGUGAAAGGGGAAUGUGAGGGGGCUGAGCCAGAGAUGGAGGAAUUGCAGAACGUGGGCUCUGGAAUAAUGGAUAUGGGCGACGACGAGGAGGAGAUUGAGGAACUUCAUAAAAGUUUAAAGGAAGCUGUGCAAGAUCCAUCUGUGAAGCCUAAACUGCAGUGUCUGAUGGUGGACCCAUCCUUCUCCAUGGUGACUGUGCAGAGCGAGGACAGUGGGAUCGUAUGGGAGACUGCUUCUAGCAGAUGCUCUACUCCAUGGGCUUCAGAGGGAAGCUCGCCAUCUGAACAGUGCAGCCUAGAAGGAUCUGGCACACAGGGAAAUAUUGUAAUUAUAAUGGACGAAGACAGAAUUAAGAGGAAGAAAACAAGCAGCAGAGGCAAGCUGGGUGAAAGGUUUAAAAAGUCAGGCUCCAGGAUGCCAAAAAGUCGGGUGGGUGAGGAAAGACCUGCAAUGAUAGAGGUGGCCGUGCCGAAUACACGAUCUGAAAGUAGUGAGGAUGAUCUUUCUGCUGUUAGCAAGGAUCAAGAUCUCUUUAGUUUGGUAUCGGAGGGUUUUGAAAUACUCAAUAUUGUUGUACCUUCAAAGCUCGCUACAGUAGAUGAGGAAGAUAGCACUGAACUGGCAGAAAAUUUGGCCUACUUGGAUAAUACCCCAAAGAUAAAAUCCAAACCUAAGCACGGACCUUUAGGAGCAAAUGGUUAUUGUGUGAGCACAGAAGCUGAAGAAAUGAAGCAAAAUGAAAGCUUGAAUGAUUCAUCCCAGAUCUCAGAUGAUAAACAAUCCAAAAAGGAUGAAACUCAAAUGGACUAUCUUGAAAAAUUCACACUGUUAGAUGAGCAGGCACCUAGUGAUGGAGCUGCACUGGCAGAAAAUCUUGUAGCAGAAGUGACUGUCCAGCCAGAGGAACUACUGGUUAAUCAUAAAGAGCCAAAAGCAGAUGAAGCCAUUGAGGAGGAUUCCUUUGUGAUCAUCAGUGAUGUUGAAAUCGCAGGUGAACAUCUUGAUGAAGUCUUCUACGGAAGUAAGUCCAAUGCAGAGCCUGUAGCGCCUCAAGAACAUGGGCGAAUCACAAGACAGAGUUCUAAAUCUCUAAAAGAAAGCGGAUCAGUCUUAUUUGGGAGUCAGGAAUGUAUUCUCACACCCGUUUACCUCCCAACUGGACCACCAAAGAUCAUAGAUCCUGUCCUACUUGAGGAACCACGAGCAAUGUCCUUCCAUUACUCAGACCUCUAUGAGGACGCAAUAGGAGACAGAAAGAAAGAAGAUGAAUUCUCUGAUACUGAGAGUGUAGUUUCUGAGAGGUCCUUCAAAAGGAGAUACUCUGACUCAGAUGAUGGAGAUGGAUAUUUGGAGAAAUUCACUCUGAAAGAUGAAACACCAGCAGCUGCACAUGUACCUGAGGACAGAGGGAGGGUAGAUGGGGCGAUGUUAGUAUGGCCACAAAGUAAAUUUGAACUCACUGGAUGUUUGGAAAGAGCACAAGAAGAAAGUGAUGAAGUAACUGUUGAGCAACCGUGUGUGCAGGAUAAAAAUGAAAAUGAAGCGAAGUGUGAGUCCACAGGGUGUUGUUCAAAUGGACACUGUGGUCCAGAAAUACAACCAAAGGUGGAAGUAAUCAUUAGAGAAAAAGUCAUAUGCGAUGACUUGGUUGCAAAGCAUAGUAGGGAAGAUAUCAAGCCAUGUGAUAUCACUGUCAGAAUCAAGGACAGUAUCACAACUAAAAGUGAGUCUGAUGACAAACAACCUCCACAGGUGGUUGAGCCUAAAAACAAAACCACUAAUAAAGAAGAACAUGGUAGACAAAAACCAAAAAGUCUGGCUGCUCGUAUUGAUGUACCAAGGAGUUUAAAGCAUGAAGAUGUUAGUAAAACUAAAGAUGAAUUUGAAACUCUAUCUGAAACAAAGAGCUCAGAGAAUACACAGGUUGAUAUACCACAUGAAGUUGAAAAACUUAGGGUUUCUAAGGACAGCAUAGGUAAAAAUCAUAAAGCACCUGAUGUCAGUACUGACAUUCAGGAAACGAAUCUCAUUACAAAAUUUGACAAGGGAGAGAAAUAUGAAACACAGAUGCAGAGCAAAAUUCUAGACAAAGAUAAAAUUCAAAGGGUGGAAAAUGGCAUUACUAAAAUAGUAAAAAACAAAGCACCGGAAAUAUUUGCUCAAGAGGUUAUCAAUACCAAAGAAACACAAUUAGAUAAAACAGAGCCUCCAAAAACUAAAGAACUAUUAAGAGUAGAGAAAGAGGACAAACCAUUGAAAGAAACCUCUCAGGCUUCUGGAGCCAAGCAUUCAGCAAAAUCCGUAGAAAGAGAUUCUCAAGUGCACCAAAAAGAGGAAGCACUUGCUGUAGUCGUGGAGAAUGUAAGUGAAGGAUUACCACCCAAGUCAGAGAAACAAGAUGAAGUAAUUGACAGUAUUGGUGCAGUGCAAGAGGUCGAGGCCCAAAUCAGUCGCACAGAAGUGUUAGCAGAAAUUAAAAUGAAGCCAGAGUCUGAAAUUACUGCAGUUCUCAGAGGAUCAAAGCAAUCACAUUCAAGUGAAAUAGUCACAGCAAACACUGAGCUUCUGACUAAACCUGAGAUUACAAAUGAGAAGAAAAUACCUCCAGAACUACAAAAUGAUUUCAGCUCAGCAAACAGUAAAGCCAAAGAGGACAUUUAUGUAGAUAGACCUACAGCUGAGGCAUCAAUUCUGAAACAAGGUCUAGAAAAGCAAAAUGAACUUAUUCACAUACCUGAGAUUGAACCUGAGGUCACAGAAAAGCAUGGAAAAGUUGAUGAAAUCAAGGUAGAUGUUGUAGAGGAAACAAGCAAGAAGAUAGAAAUUACACAAGAGCCUGUUCAGGAGGAGAUACCUUCUGAGAACAGAGCAACAACUGAGAUUAAAGACAUAGUUGAGUCAAGGCAAGAAUGUAGCUUGUUGGAUAAUGAAAAGGAGGCAUCUGUUCCAGAAAGCACAGAGAAGAUGAGUAUAACAGCAGACGUAGAGGACUCUUCGCAAGUAAGACUGUCACCUGUUGUACCAACUAAGGAGGAAGAGUUGGAAGAACAUAGUAAAAUAAAUGAUGUAACCACAGAGAUACCUGUCAAGGAGAAUUCUGAGAUUAAAAUUUUACCUCUAGCAUCAACAUUAGAAAUAGAAAAGAAAACUCAGAUUGAUGUACAGACUGAAGAUAUAACAGAUUUACCAGAACCCAUCUCACCUCCUCCACAAGUUGAUGAAGAAGACUCCUCGGUGAUGAGAGUUUCACCGUUAGAGCCAGAAGACAAAUCUUAUGAAAAUAUACAUGGAGGAAGAAUAUGCCUGAGUAAGAAUAAAGGUGUCUUCUCACAAUUGCGAAGCUACACCCCUCAAGAGGACCUCUCAACCUUGAGCUGUGACCCAGAUGUGCAGCGGGACAUUGCGGAGGAGCUUGAUUAUGAGAUGAUCGAUGAACAAGAGGCAAGACAGUCUGAACAAGCUAGAUCUGAGGAUGGGAAAAUUUGCCUGCCAGAUCAAGCUCUGGAGAUGGGCUUUGAAUUUGUUGAGGAUUUAGACAGUGUCCAGUUGGUGGAUGAACGUGAAGAGGAUCUCGAAAUUCAACCAAUGGAUGCGUUCUGCCUUGAUUGUCAAUGCCCAAUACUGCUGAGUGAGGCUGAGCAUCAAAAUCAUAAGGUGGCUUCUCUGGAUGAGGCCUUUGACAGUAUGAAGAAAAGACUAAGUGAACUGAUAUCAGUUUUGCAAUCAAGAUCAGAAAAUAUCGAAGACUUUGUGUCUGAGCUUGAGGUGGCAUACAACACAGUGGAGGAGAACUUUAUUGAUUGUGAGAAGACCAUAAAGAUACAAAAUGAGGAGGAGCUGAAGCUAGUGAUGGAUCAGUAUAAUGAGAUGUCCCAGGCCAUGGAGGAGCAGAAAAAAGCCAGACUGGAGCAGUUGUACGACCAGAUUGUGUCGUUCCAGGAGAAUAUCGACAAGGCCAAGGAGACUUUGGAGACAACAGCUAAGGAGGAAGAAAAGACAGAUCCGCUUACGUUUAUUUCUAAAUCAAAAGACAUCAGUAUGAGGUUGAAUACGGCUUUGGAAUCCACCAUGUCACUUGAACUUGGUCCACGAGGCCUGCUGGUUUUUGAGGAUUACGCCAAGGGCAAGUCAGGCAAUCAGGGGAAAAACAGACAAGCCAUUCCAGUGCCUCAAAAACCACAUCUUCAGCCUCAAGAGGCCACUUCUGCAACCAGCACUUCAGUCACUGUGUACUGGAGAGUCAACGAAGAUGACAUUAUCGACUGCUUCCAAGUCUACUGUAUGGAAGAGCCACAAGGAGCUAUCUCCGAGGAGUACAGGGUGACGGUGAAGGAGAGCUACUGUAAUCUAGAGGAGCUGGAACCUGAUAAGUGUUAUAAAGUGUGGGUGAUGGCGGUAAACUACACAGGCUGCAGCAUGCCGAGCGAGAGACUACCCUUUAAAACAGCUCCCUCUGUCCCAGUGAUCAACACAGAGCAGUGCACAGUGCUUUGGGACAGUGCCACACUGCGGUGGAGCUCAGUUCAGCCCAGCGCUGUGGACAGCUUCACUCUGGAGUACUGCCGCCAAUAUGCCUGUGAGAGAGAGGGACUCAGAUCCAUAUCAGGGAUAAAAGGCUAUGAGCAGAGGGUCCUCCUUCAGCCCAAUGAAAAUUACCUCUUCUACAUCAAGUCAGUGAACGCCGGAGGGUCCAGUGAACAGAGCGAGGCGGCCCUCAUCUCCACCAGAGGUACAAGAUUCCACUUCCUUAGAGAAUCAGCACACUCGGUGCUGAAGGUUUCAGAGGACAGGAACUCAGUGGAGUACCCACACGACACCUACAACAAAAUGUCCUCAGUCAUAGAAUGUCCAUCAGUUAUGGGGGAGCUUUUACAAUCGAAUGGCUAUUACUACUGGGAGACAGAGGUGUCGAGAUGCAAAGCGUACCGCAUCGGCAUUGCAUAUCAAACUGCAUUACAACCCAGAACACUGGGAGAGGACAGCGCCUCCUGGUGUCUGCACUGCGUACCCACAUCUAUAAGCUGCAGAUUUGAGCUUCUUCAUGAGCGUGUGGAGUCUGAUAUCUUUGUGACGGACAUCCCGGAGCGAAUCGGCACCUUGUUGGACUACAGCCAGGGUUGCCUCUUCUUCUUCAAUGCUCAGAGCGGGCAGCUUUUGGGCAGUUUUCAGCACAAAUUCACUCAGCCCUGCCACCCGGUGUUUGUCCUGGAGCAGCCAGGGAAUCUGGAGCUGAAAAUGACCAUGGAGGUUCCUGAGUUUGUUAAGCACUGCUAGUUUACCAGACCCACGUCUCAAUGGUUUGGGUUGCCUAGUUGAAAUGAAAUGAAGAGAUGAUGAGAAAUAUUUAGUUUUGCUAAAGGAAGGACUGUUUUUGAAGCUGUGCUUUUAAAUCCCUCCAGAAACUAGUUUUGUGGAACUGUUGCGUUGUGUUUGUAUAUACAGUAUGAAACGGAAAGUGCAUGUGACCAUUUUUGCUUAUCAAAUAAAGUACACUUGAUUAAUAUUGGCACCCUUGGAAAAAACAAACAAAUAAGUUUGUGAAAAGAAUGUUUUUAUUGUUUAACCAUUUGAGUAAUAUGUUAACCAUGUGAUUAAUCUUCAUAUGAAUGCCAUACUUGACCAUUUUGAUUUUCUUUAAAAACCCGUUCUUUGCAUACUCCUCCUAGACCACUGAUGUUCUUAAAACUGAUUAUCUUCAGACCAUGUUGGCAAAAAGUUAUUAAAUUUGUGUUGAUAGACGACAUUUUUUUGUUUUAUUACAUCAUCAAAUUUGCUGGCAUAAAAAAGGUACUUACAUGAAACUUUAGGUGGGUCACUGUCAACUCAGCGCAUCUUUUACCAUGUAACCAGCGCAUCUAACUUUAUUGUUAAAAGCAUGGGCAUAUAGUGCAACUGCACUCAUGGCAGCCGGAGUUUGAUUUGUGUUGCCAAGUUUGAUUGGUCCUUUGCAAAUCCUGCUCCCCUCUCUCUACCCCCACUUUCCUGUCAUAUCUCUGCUGUCCAAUCUGCAAAGCAUGAAAACCCACCAAAAAUAAUCAACCAAAAACAUUACACACUACAUCAGUUUUAUAACAGUGCCACCUAUUGGUUAAGUUCAAAUAAUCAAUAAUACAUUCUUAUAGUGAGCAUUUUCAUUUUUCUGAGUAAAAUAAUCAUAAAUUGUCUUGUUGAAAGGUCUGACACUCACUGCCAAGCUUGCUGCUCAUUUUGAUUUUCUGUUGUUCUUGUUCCCCCUUUUUUUAGCUAUGUAUUUAUUUGGUCAUAUAUAGAUUGAUGUAAAGAGUUUUAUGCAAUUUUUACUCAUUUUUAGAACACACAAUUGCAAACACAGCCCAGUUUUAUCAAAAAGUUAAUAUAUUUGUACGAAUAUAUGUGUGCCACAAUUAUUAUCACCACAUUAAUUUAUAAAAGCCAAAUAUUUUUAAGUAUAUUUCUAUUAAUAAUUCUUUAUGAUUUUUUUUUUUUAGUAAACCUUGGGUUAUUAAGAAUAGGAAACCCAAAAUGGUCCCUUGUUUCAGAGUGUUAUACAUGCAUAUUAGGUAAACUUGCUCACUCAUUCAUCACAAUGGGUAAGACCAAAGUACAGCUGUGGUAAAUGGUCAAAAGAAAAUUGUAAAAAAAAAAAAACACACAGAAAAUGCCUAUUUCCACUUUUAGGGCAAUAAUUAAGAAAUUCCAGUCAGCUAGUCAUUAAGUAUUAUGAAUCUGUGUGCCGGUUCAAGAUGGACACAUACUCUUCCAGGCUGAUUUGAAUGGAUGGAAAAUCUCUUAAGAAUCACAGCUGGGAAAGUGUAGAAGUUACAGUAGAUGGGUCUUGGGUUAAAAAAAAAAAUGCAAAAGUCAUCUACAUCCCCACAAAUUGUUUCAAGAAAAAAAAAAAUUAAUCUUGAGGGUGGUGCGGUGGCUCAGUGGUUAGCACUGUCGCCUCACAGCAAGAAGGUUGCUGGUUUGAGUUCUGGCUGGGUCAGUUGGCAUUUCUGUGUGGAGUUUGGAAGUUCUUCUCAGUGUUCGUGUGGGUUUCCUCCAGGUGGGAAUGUGAGGGCGUAUGGAUGUUUUCUAGUACUGGGUUGUGGCUGGAAGGGCAUCCGCUGCGUAAAACAUAUGCUGGAAUAGUUGGCAGUUUAUUCUGCUGUUGUUACCCCUUAGGGAGUUAGUCAAAGGAAAAUUAAUGAUUGAAUGAAAAAAUCUUGAUUCAUUUUUUUUCAGUUAAUACACUGAGUAGACAUUUUUCUUCAGCCUUCUUUGCUUAUAUUUACCAAGGGUGCCAAUAUUAGUGAAGGGCACAGUAUAUGAUGAAGCCUUGGAUCACAUGACAUGGAGACAUUUAUAUUCAGCCUCUGCGUAUUUUUUUUGGAAGCUGCAGGCUUUCAGGUAAUUUGAAGAACAGAUGUUGGUGCUGCUAAUAACAGAUUUUAAUAGCUGAAUUCUCCCGCAUGUGGACUUUCUUCUGCUGAAAUGAUGCGCUUGACAUUACAAAUGAAAGAUGUUGUUAAAGGUUAUUUCACUUCUGUUUCCAUUUAAAAUGUCACUGGUUGGGAUCUCACACAAAUUAGUCGAAGGGAAAUAUGCAGUGAAGUAAAUUAACUGUUUUUUUCCCCCCAUUUCAUUCACUUACAAUGGGUCGUCACAAUCAAGGACAUAUUGCUAUUUAAUUCAUUUUGUCCUCUGAAUUCUCUAUUUUAUGAAAAUAAAUAUUUUAUCAAUGUAUGCUUUAAAUGAAAUAUAUUUCAGCCAUAUUUGUUGUCUAUAAUCUCCAUGUACGGUUUAAUAAUUAAUAUUUAAACUGUUUGGUAUUGCUAUGUUUUGUAAAAUUAUUCUCUUUUUCAACUUGAGUGUACAUGAAUUGUUUAGGAGUGCUAUAAAUUAGUCUACUUGUAUAUUUAUUAGUAUGUCUGAGAACAUUGUCUGAACAUUGAAAUGUUAACAAAGC